CAGUGCGCGUGUGGUGUGUGCACCACUGCUGCACAGCACGGCGCGAGAGAGACUGCACCUCUUCACUGGAGUACAGAAACCUUCUGCAGACCGGCCACCAUGUCCAUAGCGACGGUGCAGACCCGCUACUGCUACGGGCUCAAAGGAAACGUGGCAAACUCGGUCACCUACCUGGACGAGCGGAACAUCCUCUACCCGUCGGGAGUCAAAUCUCGUCCUCUGCAACGCCGUGCAGAAGACGCAAAAGUUCGUGCCGCUCAGCCCGGACACGGGAGGAGCCACGGCGCUUGCAGUCAGCCCCAACAAACGCUACGUGGCCGUUGCCGAGAAGAAAGGAGAGCGUCCCACCAUCACCGUUUUCGAUCUCACUACGCUAAAGAGAAAGAAGGUCCUCAGCUACGCCGAGGGCUCGUUUCAAGAGUACGUAAGCCUCGGGUUCUCGCCCGAUUCCAAGUCCCUGGUGUCGCAGAGUGGGGGUCCAGACUGGAGCAUGUGUCUGUGGCAGUGGGAGAAGGCCAAAGUAUUGGCUCAGAUCAAGAGCAACGGUAACACAACCUACCCCAUACGACAGGUUUCGUUCAAUCCUCAAGACAACACUCA